AUGCGCAAACCCAAACCCACGACCUUAAAUGAAAUGACGAAACUGAGAGAGUCUGGCUUCGGUCAGCAGUACCCAAGACACGGACUAAAACUCUUACACUGGUUUGCUCGGGAAUGUUUUACUUUUGAUACCAACAACGAAAUGCUUGCCCGGUGUAAACCAUCCAGUGGAGUCUAUGGUUUUCAUCUGUUUGAGAACAGAUCUGACGAAAAUCUCCUCCCUGUUUCAAAUUUUCCAUACUAUGAAGUAGGAAAUUUAAAGUUACCUGGCGCAGAUAAGCUCCCCGAUUACGUCAGGAAGGAUUACACAGGUUUUCAUGACAAGAGCAAUGUUGACCGCAUCAUUGUUAGACUACACAAUGAAAAGCAGUUUGAUAGAGUGUAUGUCACUGAACAUGAUGGUCCGUCAACCUUCAGUCAGGAGCACACCUUCCGCAUUAGUAGAAAUCUCCUAAAGAUGAUCAGAAAGAUGGAUCUCGACACAUUCUUGGAGCAGGCAGGAUACUCUUAUGAAUCUCCUAACAGAGACCUUCAUUCUACAUCUGCUGGCACAAAGCCUCUGAGUACGCCCAUUUUAGAAUCAGCAUCAAACAGACCAAACAAUAAAGACUUUGCGAUUGACAUUGAACCAGCACCUUCUUCGCUAACCAAGAGCACUGAUUUCCACACAAAACCAACAACAAGAUGUCCGAAGAGCCCACCUGCCAGCAGAGGAUUCUGGGAAAAUUUAUGUACCAUACUUUAG